AUGUUUGAAGACCUGGUUAAGUAUUGCGUCUGUGGCAGCAGGAGAUCAUCAGCUGAUUAUUCUUCCAUGCAUACUAGAUGGGGGUCCUUUAGGGCAGACAUUGACAGUAAGCUUGGAGCGGUCCCAUACAGGCUUGGCAGGGGCUCUGACAUAGAAGCAGCUGUCGAGUCUCUGAGCAGGGACUUGACGGCCGCAUAUGAGGAAAACUGCCCGUUACGCAAAGUACAAGGUAAGGGCAAGGCAACCUUCUGGACCAAAGAUUUAGAGGAUAGAAAACGAGCGGUGCACAAACUUCUUAGCAGAGUUAAGCACAGGAGAGGUUCUCCUCUAUGGGAAGAAUACAAAAAGGCAUUGCAGGAGUACAAAAAGGAGAUUAGAAGGGCCUCCAGAGAAUCCUGGAGGCACUUCUGUCAGUCCAUAAAUGACAUUCCUGCUACUGCAAGAAUACACAGAGUCCUAUGCAAAGACAUUAAGCAAGAUUGGGGAUCUCUGCAUGAUCCCUCGGGGGGGAACACUACUUCCGAGGAAGAUACUCUGAGGCUUCUGAUGAUACGCACUUUCCCGGUUCCACAGUAG